GUGGCAAAAGCUUGUGGCGCGCAGCAUGCUCCUCGGCCAGGCGCGCGCAGCCAUGCUCCUCAACCAGACUCAUCCGACGGCAUGACACGGUAGAGUUUACGUAAAAUCGCUGCACCAUGGCCGAGUGGAACCGGCGCCGCGAGCCCGACGUCCACGACGUCAUGACCUGCCGCGGCGUCCUGCGCUGCGCGGCGACGCGCGACGCGCCGCGGCGCGCGCGCGCGCCGGCGCCGCCGCCGCGGGCGCCGCCGGCGGCGGCGGCGGCGGCGCGCCCCACGGUCGUCGUCGCGGGCCUCGGCGUCGCGGGCUGCGCGGCCGCGCGGUCGCUCCGGCGCCGUCUCGGCGCGGCGGUGCGGCUCCGCUGCGUCGACGCGGCGCCGCGGCUCGGCGCCGGCGGCGGCCUGCGCAGCGACGACGCCGGCCGCGACGUCGGCGCCCUGCGCCUCUCCUUCGACGGCGCGCGCGCGCCGUGCUGCGACGCGCUCGCGGAGCUCCUCGCGGACGUCGACCUCUACCACUGCGACGACGGCCUGCUGAGCCGGGGCGCGCUCGCGCGGACCUGCGAGCGGCCCCAGGGCUGGAACGGCGCGACGGGCCAGUGGGAGCACUUCGCGCACGCGGACGGCAACGUCGCGGUGCUCGCGCGGCUCCUCGAGCUCGCGGCGCCCGACGAGCUCGCGUUCGGCGCCGCGGCCGCGCUCGGCGACGUCGGCGCGCGCGACGCCGUCAUCUUCGCCGUGCCCCGCGACGCCGCGGCGCGGGCCCUGGGCCGGCGCCUCCCGGCGGGCCCCGCGACGGUUCCGCGCGCGGCGACGUUCCUCGAGGGCGCCGGCCCGGCCGGCGAGCGCGACCUCGGCGGCGGCGUGCUCCUCGCGCCGGCGGCCGGCGGCGCCGUCGCCCACGCGCCGGGGGACGCGGCGCCGGACGACGUCGCCGCGCGCGCGCGCGCCGCGUGCCCGGGCCUCGCGCCCGCGCCGCGGCGCUGGACGUUCGCGCUCGCGGCGCCGCCCGACGGGCCGCCGCCGGAGCCGCCCUUCCUCGACCUCGGCGGCGGCGUCUUCGUCUGCGGCGACUGGUGCGCCGGCGGCGGCUCCGUCGACCGCGCGCUCGUCUCCGGGUCGUCGGGCGUCCUCGAGAAGCGGUCGCGCGAGGGCGAGUGGAAGCCCCAGACCUUCGAGGUGCGGUCCGACCACAAGCUGUCCUACUACGCCGGCGGCGGCCUGAGCCGGACGCUCGACUUCGCGGACGUGCUCAAGAUCGAGCGCAAGAACACGAACACGCUCAUCCUGUGGAUGGACGGGUCGUCGCGGCACCAGCUCCGGCGGCCCGAGGAGGCGCCCGCGACGGGCCCGAGCCUCGACGACUUCGAGCGCGAGUGCCGCCGGGCCCACGGCGCGGCGACGGCCGCCGCGCGCGCGCCGGGGAAGCCGCGGCCGCCGCGGACGCCGGCCGCGGUCAAAGCCGCGACGCCCAUGUCGCGCGGCCGGCGCACGGUGACGUUCCGCUCGCCGACGGCCGACGACGCGCCGGCGACGCCCGAGGCGCCGGCGACGCGCGAGGACGUCGCGAGCCUGCGCGAGUCCGCGGAGAAGGGCUUCGAGCGCCUGCUGUCGCGGUCGGCGUCGCCGCGCGUCGACGCGGACGCCGUCGGCUCCGUCGCGGCCGCGCGGACGCGCCGCGUCGCCACGGAGAAGCUCGUGCAGCAGGCCUUGAAGGUCCACGAAGAGGAGCAGAAGCGCGCGUCGCCCGCGGCGCGGCGCGAGCUCGCGAAGGAGCACGACGCGGAGCUGGACGCGCUCGAGACGAUCCUGUCGCCGCAGAUCGCGCGCGCGCGCGCGGAGCUCGAGGCCGCGUCGGCGUCGACGCCCGACUCGGGCGCGAGCGAGGCGUCGUCCAUGUGCCUGACGUUCGCGGCGGAGUCGCUCGGGCGCGCGCGCGCGGCCGCGGAGCACCCGUCGCCGCAGAGCUCCGAGAGCUCCGAGACCGAGGCCGCGCGCGCGGGCCUGCCGUCGUCCUUCGCGCUCGACGACGCGACGCCGGACGGGUCCGUCGAUUUGCCGCCGCCGCGGAAUUUGGUGGGCAAGUCCGCGCGGAAGCCCGACCCCGCCGCGCGCGAGCGGCGGCUCCGGGACGCGGCCGUCGCGGCCGAGCGCCGGCGGGCCGCCGAGGAGCGCGACGCGCUGGAGGCGCGGCUGCGCCGGGCCGCGGCGGAGACGCCGGCCCACGCGCGGCUGCGCGAGAAGAAGCGCGUGAACGCGCUGCAGCAGCGGAACCGCGUGCUCCGCGACGCGCUCGGCGAACUCGAAAACGACGCGGACGCCGCGCGGCUCCGCGACGAGGUCGACGCGCUGCGCGAGGACCUGGACCUCCAGCGCACGCGCCAGCGGCUCCAGGCGGCGCAGACCGUCGGGCGCCACCUCCGGCGGCGGUCGCUCCGGCGGCAGUUCUGCAAAUGGCGCGCCGCGCGCGACGCCGCGCUCCGCGACGAGAUCGGCGCCGCGCGCGACGCGCACGACGCGUCGAAGCGCAACUUCGACCGGGCCAUGGCCCGCGCGGAGGAGCACCGCGACGCCGCGGUCAACGCGCUGAAGAACGAGGUCGACGACCUCCGCGCGGACCUCGCGACGGCCGGCGCGGCGCACGAGGAGGAGGCCUUCGUCGCGGACCGCGCGCGCACGGUCGCCGUCGCCGCGGCGGAGAAGGCGGCGCUCGAGCGCCGCGCGGGCGACGUCGGCGAAAUGCAGGCGGCGCACGCGCGCGACCUCGCGGCGCUCGAGGAGGCGCACGCCGCGCAGCUGGCAAGGCGCGACGCGGGCACGCUCGCGCUCAAGCGCGAGCGCGACGACGAGCGCCGGAGCGCCGCGGCGCGCUUCGCGGAGCUGCAGCGGCGGGCCGCGCUCGAGCUCGACGCCGCGAAGCGCGAGCUCGUCGAGAAGCACGUCGCGGCGCUCGAGCGGUCGCGGUCCGACGCCGACGACAGGGCAGCAAAAGAGAGCGAAAUUCCCAACUUCAAAGGCUCAUAUCUCGGCCGUUUUCCACUCGCCGACGAGCGGCGGCUCCACGCGUUGCGCGACCGCGACGGCACCGUCGAGGCGCUCGAGGCGGACCGGCGGCGCCUCGAGAGUGUUCAGGCGCGCCUCGAGGGCGAGGUCGCGCGGGCCGCCGACGCGGCCGCGGAGGCGUUCUCCCGCGCGGACGCGGCCACGGACGACGCCGAGAAGUUCGAGGCGGACGCGCGCGUUUUGCGCGAGUCGCUGGACGCGAGCGAGGCGCGCGCCGAGGCCCUCGAGGACGAGCUCGAGCGGCGGACGGCCGCGGCCGCGGCCGACCAGCGGCGAAAAGCGUUGGAAAACGACAAGCUCGCCGUCGACCUCGCCGUCGCCGCGAAGCGGGCGCUCGACGGCGAGCGCGACGGCGGCGCGCUCGAGGGGAAGCUCCGGGACGCGGAGAACCGCGCGGCGGAGGCCGACGAGGCCGCGCGCGCGGCGGACGCGGGCCGGUCGUCCAUCGCGCGCGAGGCCGCGGCGUUCGAAGCCGCGAGCCGCCGGACGACGGCCCAGCUCGAGGCCGACGUGCUGAAGCUGCGGGGCGAGCUCGACGCCGCGCGGCGCGACGGCGCGGGCGCCCUCGCGGCGCGCGACGACCGCGUCCGCGAGCUCGAGGCCGCGGCGCUCGACGCGACGUUCGGCCGCGACCGCGGCGCGAGGGCCGCCGAGGCCGCGCUCGCCGCCAAGGACGAGGCCCUGCGCGAGGCGGCCCUGCGCGAGGCGAACGCGGUCCGCGACCGCGAGGCGGCCAGGGUCGCGGCGGCCGCGGAUCGCGCCGCGUGGGAGCGCGACGCCGCCGACGCCGCGGCCGAAUGGGCGCGCGAGGUCGCCGCGCGCGACGACGCGCUCGCCGUCGCCGCGGCGGAGGCGUCGGCGAUGGCCGCGGUCAUCGGCGAGCGCGACGCGGCGCUGCGGGCCGCGGCCGACGAGGCCGCGCGCGCGCGGCGCGAGUGGACCGCGAGGCUCGGCGACGCGGAGGCCGCCGCGGCCGCGAGCUCCGAGACCGCGGCGGCGCUCGACGUCGCCGCGGCCAAGUACGAGGCGGAGAUCGUCGCGCUCAAGGAGGCGCACGCGGCCCAGGUGUCCGCGGCGACGGCCGCGGCCGCGGCGUCGCGCGAGCGCGCGGACCGGCGCCUCGAGGCGAACGCGGAGCUCGAGUUCGGCGUCGACACGCUCAAGGACCAGCUCGCGGAGACGUCCCAGCUCUGGAAGGACGACGUGCGCGCCCAGGCCCAGGCCUUCGCCGCACAGCUCGCCGCCGCGACCCGGGCGAAGGACGACGAGAUCGGCGCGUUGGAGCGGACGGUCGAGGCGCGCGACGAGACGAUCCGCAAGCUGCGGAGCGACGAUGCGCUCGCGCGGCUCGAGCGCAAGCACGCGACGGCCCUCGAGCUCGCCGCCGAGGCCGCGAGCCGCCGGCGCGCCGGCGACCUCGCGAAGAUCGACGCGCUGGAGGCGCGGCUCGGCGCGGAGACGGCGGGCCUCGAGGACGAGCGCGCGGAGCACAAGGCCGCGCUCGAGCGGCUGCGGAGCGCGCUGCACGACGAGCGCGAGGGCCGCCUCGCGCUCGCGCGCGCGGAGACGGCGGCGGCGUCGGCGGCGCUAGACACGACGCUCCUGGAGCCUAGGGACGCCGCGGCGACGCACCGCGCGCUCGCGGACCUGAGCCGGCGCCACGCGGCGGUCGUCGCCGCGAUGGAGGCCGACUUCGAGACGCGCCUCGCGGAGGCGUCCGAGGGCCAGGAGGACGCGUUCACGAGCGCCGUCGCGGCCGUCGAGGCCCGGGCCGCCGCGGAGAAGGACGCGCUCGCGGCGCGCGCGGCCGACGCGGACGCGGCCGCGGCCGCUGCGAAGCGCGCCGUCGCGCUCGCCGACGAGCGCGCCGCGCGCCUCACGGAGGCGGCGUCGAUGCAGGACCAGCGCGCGCGCGACGACGCCGCGCGGUUCCGCGACGAGCUCGCGGCGGCCGCCGCGGCGCUCGCCGACGCGACGCGACGCGGCGACCGCCUCGGCGGCGAGCUCGAGGUCGCGAGCCUCCAGGCGGGCGAGGACCAGGGCAGGAAAAGAGAGCGAAAUUCCCAACUUCAAAGGCUCCUAUCUCGGCCGUUUUCCACUCGCGAGGACCGGCGCCGCGCGGCGGCGGCGCUCGAGGACGCGACGACGCGCGCCGGGGCCGACGCGGCGCGGGCCGCGGCCAUCGAGGACCAGCUGCGGGCGGACCUCGCGAGCACGGCGAAGCUCCUCGAAUCGACCGUCGCCGAGGCGCGCGAGCUCCGGAGCGACGUCGCCGAGCUGCGGCGCGGCGACGACCUGCGGGUGGCGACGCGGGAGCGCGACGCCGCGCGCGCUGAGUUGCGAAAAGCCGAGGCGACGGCCGAGGCCCUCGAGCGCGACGCGGCGGCGACGGGCGACGAGCUCCGGUCGCUGCGCGACGCGCUCGACGCCGCCAACGCGCAGGCGCUCGAGCGCGACAUGGUCGCCGAGCGGCUCCGCGGCGACGUCGAAGCGUCCGCGACCGCGCUCAAGAACGCCACCGCCGACGCCGACGCCGCGGCGCGGCGCGCGUCGGAGGCUCUGGAGACCGCGCUCCGCGACCGCGAGACGGCCGCCGAGGCCUUCCGGAACUUGUCCAAGGACCGCGACGCGGCCGCGCGGCGCCACGCGGACGAAAUGGCGAGCGCCGCGCGCGACAUGGACGCCGAGUUCCACGCCCUGCGCGCCGAGGCGGCGUCCCUCGAGCGGCAGCGCGACGACGCGGCCGCGGCGCGCGAGCGCGAGGCGCGGGCGACCGCGGGCGAGCUGCUCGUCGCGCGCGACGCGGCGAAGCGCGCCGACGAGGCGCUCGCCGCGGCGCGGCGCGCGGCCGACGAGCGGCAGGACGACGCCCGGCGCGCGGAGGCGGCGCGCGCCGACGACGCGCUGAAGGCGCGCGAGGCGCUGCAGCGCGAGCUCGCGUCGACGCGCGACGUCAUGGACGCCGCGGAGCGCGACGCGACGGCGCUGCUCCGCGCGGAGCGCGACGCCGCGGCGGGGCUGGCCGCGGACGUCAAAUCGCUGACGGACGCGCGCGACGACCUCGCGCGGCGCGUCGAGACCGGCGCGCGCCGCGCCCGGGACCUGGAGCGGCGCGUCGACGAGGGCGACGCGGCGCUGUCGGCGCUGCGGGCGUCGCACGCCGCGGCGCUGACGUCGCUGCGGGACGCGCGCGAGAACGCGAAGCGGCCGCUCGGCCCGCCGACGAGCCCCGUGACGCCCGGCAAGGCGCUCGAGGUCGAGCACCAGUACGUCGACGCGCUGGAGCGGCUCGGCGUCGAGACGGCCGCGCGCGCGGCGGUCGAGGCGGAGGCGGAGCGGCUGCGCGUCGCGCUCGCGGGCCGGACUCGGGGCCUCGAGGCGGAGCGCGCAAAGACGGCCGCGGCCGAGGCCGAGGCCGCGCGGGUCGCGCGGGCGGCCGCGGACGCGCGCUUCGCCGCGGACGCGCGCGUCGCGCAGCUCGAGGAUCUCGCGGGCCGCGACGUCGACGCGACGGCGGCGCGCGAGGCCGCGCUCGCGGACGCGGGCGCCGCGGCGCUCGACGCCGCCGUCGCCGACGCGCGCGCCGCGUUCGCGCGCGACCUCGCCGCGGAGCGCGCGCGCCGCGAGGCCGCCGAGGCGUCGCUGGCCGACGCGCGGCGCGGCGACGCGCUCCGCGCGACGGACGCCGCCUCCGCGUCCGACGCGCGCGCGGCCGCGGCGGCCGAGCUCGACGCGGAGCGCGUGCGCCGCGACGCCGCGGAGGAAGCUUUGGUGGAGCUGCGCUACGCGUUGGACGCGCGCGCGGCGGACGCGAGCGACGCGCGGAACCUUUUGUCCGCGGCGGAGGCCGAGGCGUCGCGGCUCCGGGACGCCUUGGCCCGCCGCGCGGAGGACCACGCGGCCGACGCCGCGGCGCGCGACGCGCGCGAGGCCGAGCGUUCCGAGACCGUCGGCCUCAUCCGGCGCAAAUCGACGGAGCAGCUCGACGCGAUGACCCUGGCCACGGCGAACGCCAAGGAGAACGAGUCGAAGGCGCUCGCGGAGCUGCGCGCCGAGGCGACGCGCGCGAAGGAUUUGGAGGACCUCGUGAGCCGCCUGCAGGGCUCGCUGGAGGCCGCGAGCUCCUGGGACCCCGAGUCCCACUUCUCGGCCAUGGUGCGGCUCCAGGAGUCGCACGCCGCCGCGCUCUCGGAGGCGAACCGCGACGACGAACUCGCGGCGCUCGCCGCGAUCGUCGACGCGCUCCGCGCGGAGGGCGCCGCGCGCGCCGCGGAGGCGAAGCACGUCGCCAACGCCUACAAGGGCGAGGUCCGGCGCAUGUCGCACACGGCGUCGGAGGCCGACCUCGUGACCGCGGAGCUCGCGGCGCUCGCGGCCGAGUCCGCGGCAGUGUCCGCGGCCAAGGAGGCCGAGGCGAAGCACGUCGUCGACGUCUACAAGGGCGAGGUCGCGCGCCUCGGCGCGGCGGACCCGGCUUUGGUCGCGCGGCUCGAGGACCGCGCCGCGGCCGCCGAGGCCGUCGCGGGCGCGCUGGCCGCGGCGGCCAAGGAGCCGUCGGACUGGGACAGCCUCGACGGCGACGACACGAGCUUGGAGCUGGAGGCCGCGCGCGAGCGCGCGCGGCGCGAGGACUCGCGCUCGAAGGCCGAGCGCCUGGCCCUGGAGAUGGAGCUCGCGGACGCCGAGGCGAAGGUCGCCGAGCUCAAGCGGUCCCUGGACGCGGAGUCGGACGCGCGGCUCCAGGCCGAUCUCGAGGUCGCGGAGCUCCGGGAGACGCGGUCCUCCGCGGCGGGGCUCUUCUCGUCGUCCGAGGCGGCGCUCCGGUCUGAGAUCGACGCGCUGCGGGAAGCGCUGCGGACGCAGGCCGACGAGCGCGCGCUCGACGAGGCCGCGGUCUUCGCGUUCGAGGCGACGGCCGAGGAGCUCGCGCUCGACAACUUCUUCGACGCGUCCGCGGACGUCACGGCCCUCGAGGCGCGCCUCGCCGCGGCCGAGGCCGGCGCCGCGGCCGCGCGCGCGCGGGAGGCGACCGCCGCCGGGGCCGCGGCGGACGCGGCCAAGGACAACGCGCGGCUCCGCGAAGCGUGCGCCGCGGCGACCAAGGCCGCGGCCGCCGAGCGGCGCAGGCGCGAGGACGACGUCGGCGCGGCGACGCGGCGCGUGGCCGCGCUGGAACAGGAGCGGCGGCGGCUCCGCCGGAGCCGCGCGGAGGCGGACGCCGCGAGCGACAGGACGUGGUACGAGACGGUCCUGCCGUCGAAGAAGCCGUCGUCGACGGUGCUCGGUUUGCGGCGGGACCUCGAGGAGGUCAAGAAGACGGCGCGCGACGCCGUGGCGACGGCACGCGAGCUCCGGCGGGCCCGGGGCGACGACGACGAGGCUUCCGAGGACGAGAGCGACGCGGAGGUCGCCUUCGUCAAGCGCGAGGCGCGGCGCGACGCGGACCGGCGCCGCGCGGCGCGCCUCGACGUCGCGGAGCUCGCCCUGGCGCCGGACGGCGUGCCGGCGGUGCUCGACGAGGUCGAGCCGGCGCUGCGGCCCGCGGACUCGCCCGCCGGCAGCGACUUCGCCUCGGACCGCGAGGCCGCGGAGGCGACGCGCGCGAUCGAGCGCCUCUUCGAGGCGCCGCCGCGGCGCGACCCGCCGCGGGACCCGCCGGGCGCGAUCCAGUUCUUCGCCAGCGGCGACUCGCCGCGGCGGCCCGCGAGCGGCGACUCGCCGCGGCGGCCCGCGACGACGCCGCGCGUCACGGUCCCGGGACCCGGCCCACCCGACUAUCUCGGCGAACUGUGCUACGCGAUCCCCGCGGGCGACGGCGGCCUCGCGCGCGACCGGCGGCGCGCGACGGCCUUCGGCGACGGCCUCCUCCAGCGCCAGCCCUACCCGCUCUUCGCCUAA